AUGGGAGACUUGAAUAGCACCUAUGGGAGCCUGUUUCUUGGUGUCCUACUUUCCGCAGUCCUGUUCGGAAUAACAAACCUUCAGACAUUCAUUUAUUUCCAGUGGUAUCCCCGCGACAAGGUGUGGAACAAACUCGUCGUGUGCUGGUUAUGGCUGCUGGAUGCGAUUCACCUCGCGUUUUGCGCGCACAUGCUAUAUCACUACAUCGUGAACAACCCAACUGAUCCUUUGGCAAACUCAGUGGAGAUUGUCUGGAGCUUUAAGGCUGCAAUGAUAGUAGGGACAUUAAUCACGGUAUCUGUCCAAACGCUAUACUCUAUUCGAAUUUUUAUGCUGUCCGUCUUACUUCAGAGGUUGGAGUUCAGGAGGCGUCUGGUCCGGCUUAUGUUGCCUUUAUUUGUCAGCAUAUUAGUCUUUUCACAAUAUGGUGUCGGCGCCGCGCUUUGCUAUGAGAUAGCACUGUUCGAAACUUGGUCCACACUCAUCGUACCUCGGAACGAAUGGAUCAGCUAUCUUCCGCUCGGCUCUGCAUCCUGUGUGGAUAUUGUCAUUGCUGUGUCGCUAUGCUACCUCCUUAGUCGGUGUAAGACAGGCUUUCGCUCGAUGGACUCCAUGAUCAAGCUGGUGAUGCUAUACACCAUCAAUACCGGGAUGAUCACUGCAAUUUGCGCCGUCACAAGCAUAGUCAUGGUUGCGGCCCUCCCCAACAGUCUUUGGAUGAUUUCUUUUUCGUUUGUGCUGGGGAAAUUAUACGUCAACUGUUUCUUGGCAAUGCUCAACGCACGUAACGCCCUACACUCUAGAAAUUCCGCAGACCCAACAUUUAUCAGCAGUCUCAAGCUUCAGUCUCAAGCCCCUACGCCCAGCAGCCCGUCUACCUCUAUUGCGCCUUUGCCUCUGGCACUACUCAGGCCCACUCUUACAUCACACGUUGACAUUUCAUUCGUGGAUGUUGAAAAGAAUGAGCGUGAGGUCAUCGCAAGUUCGGUGUCAAAUUCUGAGUGUCAGCAGCGAGGCGGCUCUAUUUCCUUUACAGAUGAUCCACGCCAAUAG